AUGGAUGUAAGCAGUCAGGAUGACUAUGCAUUUCACCUCGGUGAAAUGUUCAACAGCUACGAGGAGCUGGAGGAGAAGCUGGAGAAAUUCUCAAAACGCUGUUUAGUCCACUACUGGAGACGAGACAGUCGAACAGUGAGCGGUGCCCACAUGAAGACAUCAAGACCCAUCAGUGAGAGACUUAAGUAUUAUUCCGUGAAAUAUGCUUGCAUUUAUGGCGGCCAGAAGUUUCUCCCCAGAGGUGCUGGCAGGAGACAGUCCCAAUCGAUUCGAACAAAUUGUCCUGCACACAUCAUGCUGAGAGCGUCGAAGGAUGGGAAUAAGCUUGAAGUGACGAGUGUCAAUAACGAACAUAACCAUGAAAUAUCUGAGGAGCUGUUCAAGCAACUGCCGCAAGAACGAAAGUUGUGUGGAGAGAUAAAGCAGGAAGUCCAGGACCUUAUGCAGCUACACAUCGACCGGAAGAGGCUCAAGGAAUACGUCAGACUGCGGACAAAUAAGAUCCUGAGGUCCAAAGAUUUGUUCAAUAUUGCUGCUGCCAACAAGCAGAAACGAGACAUCACUCCAGAACGAGCUUAUCAGUUAUUCAAGAGAAUUCAUGACCUGGAGAAGGCACAGGGAGGGAAGAGAAUGUAUCCGGAAGCUGAGGAUGAAAUUGCUCAGAGGUUGAAAAAAUUGAAGAAGGAUGUGCACUCGCCAUGGGGACAAGACGGUCUAUCAGCUGAUUUCGAAAUAAGCGAAGGAAAUGACGGAGAGGAUUCCUACAGUGCGCCGCUGGUCCAAGAGGAAGUGACAGACGAUAUGGACGCAACUGAGGGGGAACUCUUGAGGGCAAACAACGAAGGAGACAUCAUCACCCCCAACGGUCAGAUUGUUGGCGAGUUGGUAAUGGACGAUGGUGAUCCCUCAGUCAUCGUCGAGUCAAUCGUCAAUGCUGAUGGGUCUGUCUUCGUAGACGAGAGGGACUUCAACAGUUACUGUGAUAAUCAUCUGGGGCAUGACAGUCGUUCUUCAGGGUCUCAGGGAUCUCAAGUUCUGGACAUUGAGACAAUUUCGACUCCAAUAGAAAUUCAAAAAAUCUCAAAAGUCACGUCAUCAGCUAAUCCUCACCUCUUGUCAGAUCCCCUAUCUCCAACGAGUUCAAAAUCAUCUCCCAUUGACGAGUGCCACGACACGAAAAUCUGGAUAAUGAAGGCAGCCUCUAGUAUUCAACCAGACGUGGACAGUUGUCCUGAGGGUGAAACGUCGAGAAAUUCAAAAAAUAUGAUGACAGAGGUCCACCCAGACGUGUCCAACGUUGAGGUAUUCACAGGUGAGGCCAACAACCAGCUCUUACUGGAACAACUUUCAGUCCUAAGGGCUGAGAAGGGCAAACUCUUCCACGAGACUGAGAUGCUGAAACUGAAGAAGGACAAGCUCAAGCUGCAGAUCGACUGCUACACGAAUGAAAUGAAGAAGCAGGAGAUGGAGAAGGAGAAACUGAGGCUGGAGAUCAAACUGCUCCAGUCGAAGGUAGUUGAUGAUUCUGGUGAUGUUUCUCACUACAUCUUUGUGCCUUGAGGCGCAACGUAAUCUUGAUAUUCAGCACCUUGUCCUAUUCCUUGUUAAUUGGAGAAUCGCAGGGAAUUUUUUGAUAAUCAUAUGUAAAAACUGGAUAAGAAAUAUUGCACCGUUCGUUUUUUUUCGCUUAUCAAUAAUGGAUUUUUCAGUUUUUCGAAAUUCACAAUGAGUAUUCAAUAUUUUUUGUAGGAUUUCCGUAUUUGAAAAAUUUAUUUAACGGAGAUAAUUGAUGAAGGAAACUGUAAAUAUGAACCCUGGCCAAUGUGGUGCCGAGAGGGAGCAGAGAAUACGAUCAUUUCUUUUUUCUUCCCACAAAAGAAUGUAUCUUAUUAUAAUGUACUUUUCGUUAUUUAAAAGUGUAACACGAAAAUAAAUUAUUUUCAUUAGAAGGA